AUGGCGCUGGCCCAGCCCGGGCCGCGGCUGCCCGCGGAGCCGGCGGCGCUCCGACGGCAGCAGCUGCAGGAGCGGGGAGGGCCGGGUUCAGGGCCCGGCGGUCCGGCCGCGGGUCCCGCCGACUCCCGCUCCUCCCCGCAGGAGCGCUCCUCGCCGGACUCUGCCGAGCCCCGUUCGCCCCAUCAGGAGUCCUCGCCGGGCCCCGCCGGGUCUCGUUCGCCUUCGCAGGAGUCGCCCCAGGCGGGUCCCGCCGAGCCCCGUUCGUCCGCACAGGAAUCCGGCCCUUCCGAGCCCCGUUCAUCCCCGCAGGAAUUGCCCCAGGAGGGCCCUUCCCAGCCCCGUUCUCCCCCGCAGGAGUCCGGCCCUUCCCAGCCCCGUUCUCCCCCGCAGGAGUCCGGCACUUCCCAGCCCUGUUCUCCUUCGCAGGAGUUGCUCCCGCUGGGCCCUCUCGAGCCCCGUUCUCCUCCGCAGGAGUUGCCCCAGGCUGGCCCUCCUCAGCCCCGUUCUCCCCCGCAGGAGAGUCCGGAGUCCGGCCCUUCCCAGCCCCGUUCUCCCCCGCAGGGGUCCCUCCCGGCGGGCCCCGCCGAGCGCCGGCCGAGCGCGGCCCCGGGGCUGGGCCGGCAGCUGCGGGUGGUGCUGACGCCGCUGCCCCAGAAGCGGCUGCUGAGCGCCCGCGCCCCGGCCGGCAAGAGGCCGUGCCCGGAGCCCCAGAGCGGCCCCAGAGCCCCUCCCGGCUCCCCGCCCGGGCCCAGCUCGGCUGCCCGCGGCCAGGACGGGCUGCGGGAUGCGGACAGCGACGUCAGCGACGGGGGAGACUCGGCUCCGGAUGGAUACUCCCACCUGUCAGCCUAUGAAAGGAAAAGGCUAAAGAACAUCACAGAAAAUGCUAAAUUCUUUGCUGCUCUAAAGCUGCAUGAGUCAGCUGCAAGGCUUAACCAGCUUACCACUAAAAGGCAAUCUCAUGUCACUAAAAGGGCCAAGCCUAAAAAGGUGGAGGAUGAGCCGGCCCCGCGGCGAUCCAUGCGCCUGCUCCGGGUGGAGCCACCGAUGGACAUUCCAUUGCUGGACCCGUUUGCCCAGGCAGUAGCAAAGGCAUAUCCUCAGGUUCCAGCUGGACCUUUGCCCAUGGUUCCAGAGUAUCAGGUGGAGACCAGUAAACAGACAGAGGCUUUACUGAGCACGUGGAUGAGGAUAAGUGAGCUGAAAGCUGAUGUUGCUGAGCAGGGCACACCUGACAUAAAGAGGUACCAGGAGAGCCUGAGCAGCAUGGUGCUGAGUGAGGAGAGCAUCAGGAAGGUGGUGAAAACCCGGGUGGUCUCCAUGGCCAUCCACCCUUCCGAAAGCACCAUCCUUGUGGCAGCUGGAGACACUGUGGGGCACGUUGGCCUCUGGAAUGUGAGCAGCGGGACUGAGGAAGGAGCCCACAUCUUCAUCCCCCACAACUUCCGUGUCAACUGCAUGCACUUCUCUCCCUGCAACCCUGCUCACUUGCUGUCCCUCGGCAAUGACACUCUGCGCUGUGGCGAUGUCACCAGGGCUAUCUUUGAUGAGAUCUUCAGGGGUGAGGAAGACUUGUCCUGCUUCGACUUCCUGGAAGAGAAUGCCUGCACUGCCAUAGUGAGUCAGUGGGCCGGGCCCGUGGCUGUUGUGGACAGACGGACGCCGGGGGUGUCCUCGGAGCUCACUGUGGACAUUGGCUUCACGAGGACACGGACAGUCCACGUGCACCCCGUGAAAAAACAGUAUUUCCUGGCUGCUGGCUCCGUGGACGUUUGUGCUUUUGAUGUUCGGUACCUUCGGAACACCAAGGAGAACAACCCCCUGAGCUCUCUGACAGGACACACCAAAAGUGUGGCCUCAGCCUAUUUCUCACCCGUCACUGGCAACAGGGUGGUGACAGUGUGUGCUGAUGACCGGCUGAGGGUCUACGACACCACGUCCUUGUCACCCACUGUCACAUUGCUCAGCUCCAUCAGGCACAACAACAACACAGGCCGCUGGCUGACCCGCUUCAGGGCCAUCUGGGACCCCAAGCAGGAGCACUGCUUCCUGGUGGGCAGCAUGGCACAGCCCAGGCGGAUCGAGGUCUUCCAGGACACCGGGAAGUUGCUGCACUCCUUCUGCAACGUGGACUGCCUCGGCUCCGUGUGCUCCAUCAACGUCGUCCACCCCAGCCAGAACAUCCUGGCGGGAGGCAACUCCAGUGGCCGCCUCCACGUGUUCAAAUAGAAGUGCCUUUAGAUCUUCAUUUUUUACUUUUCUGCACUGACUUUGUUUAUUUGUAUUAAGCAGUUCUGAAUAUGACUGUUGUUUCUCAGGACAGAAAUGUACUUUGAAAGUCUUAAAAUAAAUAGUGUAACUACCUUUGGCACCUA